CCGUUUUGCAUCUGAAAAAAAUCUGAUAGUUAGAGAAGAGUUCUGUCAAGCACUGGUGUAGACACUGAGCAAUACCAAACUGCGGGGCCUAAAUUAAUUGAGAUAAGGUAAUGGAAAAGAAGGAGUUGAGUGAUCCCCUGAACAACAUAUCAGUGAUAAAAGGGACAAAUAUGGGGUCCCCAAGCGACUAUGAAAAAACAAUCCAGCGCUUGAACGAUGAACUUGGAAAGGCUCAGGAUCAGGCCAACACAGAGAGGCACAAAUGUAUGGAGCUAGAAGGUAUCCUCAAUAAAGAGAAAAAGGACAAGAAACAACAAGCUGAUGAUUCUGCAAAACAGAUCAAAUUUCUUCAAGGCCAAGUGCGACAGCUCCAAGAUGAGAUGGAUGUCCUCAGAGAGCAGACAGAUGUCUCCUCUAGUUUACAUGAUGAGCUACAAAAUUCACGCGAUGAGGUGAAAUCGCUGAAACGAAUCCUGGAGGCAGCUUCCGCUGAGCGGGAACGUGACCUAAGUGCAAUCGAGUUUAACCUAGCAACCGUCUCCAAAGAUUUGGAAAAAUGGCGUCAGACUGCCAGCAAAUACGAGCGUGAGAUUGAUGACCUACAGCGGGAUCUCCAGCAGCAGGGCAAGCAGUGGCAAAAAACUGCAGAAAUACAAGCCAAUGAAUUGCAGUCCAUGCAGAUGGAGUGUAACGGACUUCAGAAGGAGUGUUCUAGUCUGCGCUUGGAGAAACAGGAAUUAGUGAAUAAGCAUCAGAAUGAAAAGGGCAGUCUGCAAAGUGAGUUCACUUCCCUCAGGACAGAGAAAGAGGAACUCCACAAGGCCCAUCAGAAAGAGAAGGGCGACUGGGAGCAAAAAAGUACAGCACUGUGUGCUAAAAAUGAGGCGAUGCAGCAGAAGCUGCAGCAGUUGGAGAAAGAGCUUGUCAGUUCACGUGCCCAGAAUGCAGACCUGAGCAACAGCCUGAAAGCCCUUGAGAGAUCUCAGCAGGAGCUGGAAAAGAAGCUGGUAGCUUUGGAGCUUCAACAUCAACUGGAUAGCAGCAAGCUACAGACCCAACUGGAUGAGGCAGCUUACAACAAGGAGACCCUGCAGAAAAAGUAUGAGGAGACCAAGAUGGAACUGACUGACCUAAAGGAAGAUUAUGAGAAGACUGAGCAGGAGAAGCAUGCACUUUUGAAUGAACUGGAGGAGUGCAAAGCCAACAUGAAGGAAUUACAGGAGAGAGGAACAAAGACAUCCCUAAUGCUGCCUGUUCAAGCCAUAGUCAUCGGCCUUGUCCUGGCUUUGCUGUUAUGGUGCUUCGGCGCAUUGUGGUAGUAAGAAGCUGUGGAUGAUCUGGGGGCCUGUGGUUGCUGUGGCUCUAACAGCUGUGACUGCUGCUGCACUCUUUAAGACCUGAGGGACACACAUACAUGGCUCACACAUAUAGAUGCACACAGCGAACUUAGUCAUAAGAUUUCUCCACACUGAAACUGUCUUGCGUGACACAUACUCUUAUCUGCACUGUUCAUUAGGAGUCAUACUUAACACUGUUUAAAUAUCUUGCAAUGUUUAUUUCAAUCGGCACUUGUGCUCAUUAAAGUUCUUUGAGUGUUUAUGUUUGCAAAAUAUUAGUGGUAUAUAUUUUGGCAAAUUUUGAGCUGUAAGGUGUCCAUUCAUGAAUGUAAAUGUUGUCUACACUCUAAUUGUAAUUAUUAUAUAAGAUAAUAGUUUGGAAGGCUUAUUUACAGCUCAGGCCUCCCAAAAGAUAGUGUGUGGGUGUAGUUGUCAGCACAAUAAACAUUGUCAAUAAAGUGA